AUGGUCGCAUUUAGGAUCCUCGGCCCUCUCGGGCUGCUCGCGUCGGCAACCGCAGCCCAGAACUGCCCUUUUAUCGAGCCCUCGGCGCCGCUCAAGCUGAGCAGCGGCUACACUGCUCGGGUCCUUCUGAACGGGCUGGGCUACCCGCGCCACCUUGCCGUGGACGCGGCUGGGAAUCUGCUCGUCGUCGAAGCCAACCGGGCCGGCGUCCGGCGGGUCGUCCUGAGCGAGACCGACGGCGAGGUCUGCGUGGCUUCUAGCGGACCGUUGAUCCCCGACCCUUCGCUGAAUCACGGCAUCGCGAUAAGCCAAGAUGGCAAGACAUUGUUCGUGUCUAGCCCGUCUGAUGUUUAUGCCUACCCCUACGACGCCGCGGCGGGGACGGUCGGAGAAGGAAGGUCGAUAAUAGGGGGCAUGUCCAGCGGGGGUCACAUCACAAGGACGCUCCUCGCCCCGCUCACCGCCCCAGACACCUUGUUGAUAUCGCGUGGUUCCGACGGCAACAUCGAUAAUUCCACCGUCGACGCGGCGUCUGGCAAGAGCAUCAUUAAGUCUUUCUACAUCUCAGACUUGCUGGCGUCGGAGAGCCCGAAGGACUUCAAUACGGAGGGCGAGGUGUUCGGAUGGGGUCUGAGGAACACGGUUGGCGUCGACGAGGAUCUUACAACUGGUAAUAUCUGGUCCGUGGAGAACUCGGCGGACAACAUCCACCGCAACGGCGUGGACGUGCACCUGGAGAACCCGGCGGAGGAGCUCAACUUUCACGGCGCGGUCAGCGACGAGGCGAGCCCCCUGAAGGGCGCCAACUACGGAUACCCCGUGUGCUUUUCCGCCUGGCAGACCACGGGCAUCCCGCAGGGCAGCGAGAUCACCCGCGGCUCGCAGUUUGGCGGAGUGGACACGACCCCUUUCGUAGAGGUGACCGGGUCCGAAGACCUGGGCGAGAUCGACAACUUCUGCCGCUCGGAGCGCGAGGGGCCACGCAUCGCCUUCCCGUCUCACAACGCCCCCCUCGACAUCAAGGUGAAAGCGGAUGGGAGUGCUGCCUUCAUUGCGUUCCACGGAAGCUGGAACCGCUCACCCCCUGAUGGAUACCGCGUGGGCAGGAUCAACUUCACCGGUGGCCAGCCUGCCGUCGACGUCGCCUCCUCCGACGAGGCGGUGGAAUACAUCCUGCAGAACGAAGACAACAAUUUGUGCCCCGGAGCCUGCUUCCGGCCCACAGGACUCGCAUUCGACGACGGCGGCCGCCUCUACAUGACGAGUGAUUCAACGGGAGAGCUCUAUGUUAUCACCGGCGCAUAA